AAAGACGGCGAGGAGGGCCCUCGCUGCUGUGCUCCCGGCCAAAGCGCAGGCUCGGCCUGCCUUAUCCAGUGGGACGGCAAAGGGUCACUCUAAAAAUUGCUGCAGUCGGGUCUUGUCAGGUGGCUGCUGGUGGCUCCCCACUGGAUUUUCCUUCUCCCUCUCUCUGUCUCCACAGAUCCCUUCCCAAGAGGAGUCUCCUGCUAAAACUUCAUCAUCUCCAGUUGACCUGCCACUUCACCCAAGGAGGUUACAUCUUGUACUGCUCCAUCGUUCCCAGCACUGUGCUGCCCACACCAAGAUGGAUAUCUGAUAACCGCUUGCUGACAAAUACUCAAAGGCUUCUCCCAGAAAAUCCAACAAGGAGACACUCAACACAUAAAUUAAUGCAUUUGAGCAUUAAAAUGAUAGUGGGUUCAUAAUCUAUUUUCACAAGCAAGCUCUUGCCUGUGACAGUGUAUUUGCCAACAUGGCACCCAAAAAGAAGAUUGCCAAAAAGAACAAAGGAGAUAUCAAUGAGAUGACUAUAAUCGUAGAAGAUAGCCCCCUAAACAAACUGAAUGCUUUGAAUGGGCUCCUAGAGGGAGGCAAUGGCCUUAGCUGCAUUUCCUCUGAACUAACAGAUGCUUCUUAUGGCCCCAACCUCUUGGAAGGUUUAAGUAAAAUGCGGCAGGAGAACUUCCUAUGUGACUUAGUCAUUGGUACCAAAACCAAAUCCUUUGACGUUCAUAAGUCAGUGAUGGCUUCAUGCAGUGAGUAUUUUUACAACAUCCUGAAAAAAGACCCAUCAACUCAGAGGGUGGAUCUCAAUGAUAUCUCACCACUAGGCCUGGCCACUGUCAUUGCUUAUGCCUACACUGGAAAGCUCACUCUCUCCUUGUAUACAAUAGGAAGUAUUAUUUCUGCCGCUGUUUAUCUUCAGAUCCAUACUCUUGUAAAGAUGUGCAGUGAUUUUCUGAUACGGGAGAUGAGUGUUGAGAACUGCAUGUAUGUUGUUAAUAUUGCUGAAACAUACUCCCUAAAAAAUGCAAAAGCAGCAGCCCAGAAAUUUAUUCGGGAUAACUUCCUUGAAUUUGCAGAAUCGGAUCAGUUUAUGAAACUUACAUUUGAACAAAUUAAUGAACUUCUUAUAGAUGAUGACUUACAGUUGCCUUCUGAGAUAGUAGCAUUCCAGAUUGCAAUGAAAUGGUUAGAAUUUGACCAAAAGAGAGUAAAAUACGCUGCAGAUCUUUUGAGCAAUAUUCGCUUUGGUACCAUCUCUGCACAAGACCUGGUCAAUUAUGUUCAAUCCGUCCCAAGAAUGAUGCAAGAUGCUGAUUGUCACAAACUUCUCGUAGAUGCUAUGAACUACCACUUGCUUCCAUAUCAUCAAAACACAUUACAAUCUAGGCGAACAAGAAUCCGAGGCGGCUGCCGAGUCCUCGUCACCAUUGGGGGACGCCCAGGCCUUACUGAGAAGUCCCUUAGCAGAGACAUUUUGUAUAGAGACCCUGAAAAUGGGUGGAGCAAGCUUACAGAAAUGCCAGCCAAAAGUUUUAAUCAGUGUGUGGCUGUGAUGGAUGGAUUUCUUUAUGUAGCCGGUGGUGAAGACCAGAAUGAUGCAAGAAAUCAAGCCAAGCAUGCAGUCAGCAAUUUCUGCAGAUACGAUCCCCGCUUCAACACCUGGAUACACCUGGCCAGCAUGAACCAGAAGCGCACGCACUUCAGCCUGAGCGUGUUCAACGGGCUCCUGUACGCCGCGGGCGGCCGCAACGCAGAAGGAAGCCUGGCCUCUCUGGAAUGCUACGUGCCCUCCACCAAUCAGUGGCAGCCGAAGACGCCCCUGGAGGUGGCACGCUGCUGCCACGCCAGUGCGGUCGCCGACGGCCGCGUGCUGGUGACCGGAGGCUACAUCGCCAACGCAUACUCGCGCUCUGUGUGCGCCUACGACCCGGCCAGCGACUCGUGGCAGGAGCUGCCGAGCCUGAGCACACCCAGGGGCUGGCACUGCGCGGUCACGCUGAGCGACAGAGUGUACGUGAUGGGCGGCAGCCAGCUGGGGCCGCGCGGGGAGCGCGUGGACGUGCUCACCGUGGAGUGCUACAGCCCCGCGACCGGCCAGUGGAGCUACGCGGCGCCGCUGCAGGUGGGAGUGAGCACCGCGGGCGUCUCGGCGCUGCACGGCCGCGCCUACCUGGUGGGGGGCUGGAACGAGGGCGAGAAGAAGUACAAGAAGUGCAUCCAGUGCUUCAGCCCCGAGCUCAACGAGUGGACGGAGGACGACGAGCUACCCGAGGCCACCGUCGGCGUGUCCUGCUGCACCCUCUCGAUGCCCAACAACGUGACUCGGGAAUCCCGGGCCAGUUCGGUAUCUUCUGUGCCAGUCAGUAUCUGAGCCCAGGUAGAUGCAGGGACGCAGAAAGAAUACGUUAUUUAUUCAUAGAGCCACGUGGUUAACCUCUGAGUUCGCGAAAAGGAAAAUAUUUAACAUUUACUACACUGAUUGUAUUGUAAAAUAUGUCGAGGCACAUGUCCUGAUGGCUUUAAAUUCCUGGUAUGGCAUAAUCUACCUCUUUUUUUUUUUUUUUUUUUUUUUUUAAUCAAAAUACAGGGCCAUGGCCAACAAAAGAAACAAUUUAUUUCAGCGGCCACUGGGUGGCAGACGGAAUUCGUUAUAGGCACUGUUCCAAGGCGGCAUGUUUCCUAAAUGUAUAGCGGUUACACCCACAUUUGAGAUUUUUUUCCUCUACACUUUAGUACACUUGAGGUUUAUGUAAGUGAUUUCGUGUUCAAAAGUUUAUUUUCCUCUCUCUCUUUUUUCUUUAGGAAGUUGAAGAUAUUCAUAUAGAUUUUAUUUAAAAAUGGAAAUUGUCGAUCUACGUAGACUUAAGAUUUAAUUCUCUAUUUCAACGCAAUUUUUCCCCCAAAUGUGAUUGAGUAAAGGAUUUUGAAAGAUAUCCCAUGACAACGUAAUAAAGCUUAAAACAAGAUCUGACCGAAAAGGAAUAGGGAUUCCACCCAGGGACCGUAAAGUUGAUAACCUUUGCGUUAGCGGACAUUUCUCUUUUUCCAUGCCUCAGGCCCCAGUUUAUUUUCUACCAUAAAAUCCUGCUGUCAAUCAAGGAAUUGAUUUGAGUCAUUUAAUUUAUAGUGUAAACUUAAGUCAUGUGGUUGUUUCAACUAGAAGGAUUUGCAUUUUAUCCCUUGUCCUCUGUUAAAGAAGAAUUUCACAUACCCUGGGAGCCUUACCCUCACCGUAAAAGCUACACCAACCUGGUUAAAGGCAACCUUGGCCCUAAUGUACGCCCUGCAAAGAUCACCAAAUAAAACUAUGUCCCUAAGGACCAUUAGCUUGAAGCUUAGAGAGCCUGAAGUUUAUACAACUAAUAAUAAUAAUUUUAUUUGCCCCAAUCUUUUGUAAGACAAGAAUGAAAGAAACAUUUGGAAUUUGCAGAUUUGGUAGUAACUGGAUGAACGGGUUCUCCUGUUGAUAAAUGCCAUUGUUUCCCA